AUGCAUUCCCUGGAGCCCACACCGCCGAACGGGAACGGCCAGGAAUCGCAUCCAACGGUCCGCGUAGUGUCGGAGAUAGAUCUUUCUCCUGCGAAACGCUUCAUUCUCCCGAAGAAGAAGAAAUAUGAACCUCAGUAUGCGCAUGUCUAUUUCAGCCGUCUGAAGUCGCUGACAGCGCAUGUCCUCAAAUCCGCUAAGCUCACUUUCGGAGAAGGGGAAGAAGGAAAGCUUCAGUAUUCGAAGAGAAUUGCAGAUAUCGCGUCGAAAGACGAGAUGGAGACUGUCGUUGUUGGCGUCAUAUUCCGUCAUAUGAAAUCGAAACCCAGUAUACUGGCACAAUACGACGUCCCCUCUCAUGAGCUUAUACCCGCGCCUCCCGACAGGGCAACCUGUACCUACCCACGCGAUGACGACGAAGUCUUCAUUGAAGACGAGUACGGGAGAUGUGCUUUGGAUUUAUCGCAACUUGAUUCCGCCGUUGCGACCCUCUCUCUAGUGACCGGAUUUGUCCUCGCUCUGAAAGGACAUGAGGACAGGCGCACCGGGUCUUUCAAAGUGAACGCCAUCUCGUACGCAGGCCAGGCGCCUCAAAAGUCCCUGCCCGAAUUGCCUGGAGAUAAGUUCAUCUGCAUCACAUCCGCACUGUCUUUCGGGAAGGCUGAUGGUGAUGUUCUUGCAGCAGAGCUACUAAUGGAAUUUUUACGGGGCAGCGCAGGUGAAGAUCCUGAAGGGUCUACAUGUGCCAAUAUCGUGCAACUGAUCGUGGCAGGAAAUUCAGUCCCGCAGCUGGAAGAUACUGAGAGUGGCCCGUCGGCAGUCCUUGCCGCCCAUCGACCGUUGAAGAGUGGCGAGAAGGAACGCGUCGCAGCACCUAUUGUUGAGGUUGACCGCUUUCUUUCUGUAAUUGCCUCGUCGCUACCCGUCGCUGUCAUGCCCGGCGAGGCUGAUCCCGUCAAUUACCUUCUUCCACAGCAGCCGUUUCACCGAUGUUUGCUGCCCAGCUCAUCUCGGAAUGAGAACCUUGCUCGCGUGCCGAACCCGUUUGAAUGCUCAGUAGACAAAAGAGUUAUUCUUGGGACAUCAGGGCAACCGGUCACUGACUUUGCGCUGUACGAAGAUCAAUCGAGCGUUAUGAAGGACGGUAAAGAAGCGGGAAAGUUGCGGCCAUCUGGUGAAAAGGUGUUGGACAUUCUGACGCUGAUGUUGCAGAAUCGCCAUCUGGCACCAACAUGUCCGGACACGCUUGCUUCUUUUCCGUUCUCUGAUGGCUCUGAUCCCUUUGUCCUGGAGUCAACCCCGCAUGUGUUCUUCGCAGGUAACCAACGGGAAUACGCGUCUCGAUUGGUAAGAACACCACAUGUGCAAACCCAGGCUUCAUCAGGUAGUUCUAUGGACAUUGAUGGCGUGCAAGGUGGUGAGAAGACUGUGCGGAUCGUUUCAGUGCCACGGUUUGACGAGACAGGUCAGGUUGUUCUAGUGAAUCUGAGAACAUUGGAUUGUAUAGUUAGGGAGUUCGCAUUAACAAUGUAAAUAAAUAGAGCCGACUGCCGUUCGAA